AUGAUUUUACGAUUGGAUUGGGAACAUUAUAUUACAAAUCUAGUUCCGAUUCGCAUGGAUAUUUCUUUGAAAUGGUCCUAUGGCCCUAAUCUGAUAGUAAAAAAAUCGGCACUCGAGUCUAGCCAUACCGAAAAUGUGCCAGAUGAUGAUGAGUCCGAUAAUUCUGACGACGAACCCGAUGAUGUUGGUGGGGGAUGA